GCAGCAGUUUAUCUUAGCAAACUAGCUAGCAGAGGCAUCGAAUUAAGAUGGCCAAGGUUAAUACCGGCGCCGCCUUGUUGUCUCUGUGCCUGUUGCUGGCCCGUUCUGCCGGAGGCACAACGGCCGCCGAUGUGGACGUGGAGGGCACCGUGAGGACAGAAGUAGAGAAUGCCAUCAAGAGCAACCCUGGCGUCGGCGCCGCCCUCAUCCGGCUGGUGUUCCACGACUGCUGGGUUAAUGGCUGCGAUGGAUCGGUGCUCUUGGACCAGACGCCGUCCGGCAGCAAUACCGAGAAGAAGGCGAUCAACAACAUCGGCCUAGACGGCUUCAGCCUCAUCGACACCAUCAAGUCCAAACUGGGCAACAACGUCUCGUGCGCCGACAUAGUCGUCUUCGCCGGGCGUGACGCGGCCAGAUACCUAAGCGGCGGCAAAAUCGCCUACUCUGUUCCCUCAGGGCGCAAGGACGGCAUUGUCUCAUCGGCCGCCGCCGCAGACGCCAUCCUCCCGCAUUCCACCUUCGAGUUCCAGCAGCUCAAGGACAACUUUGCCAAGAAGAACUUCACCCAGGAGGAGCUCGUCAUCCUCUCCGGCGCGCACUCCAUCGGCUACGACACUACGGGGGUGAACACCGCGGCGAAGGGCGCCCUGGACAACAGCUACUACCACGCCAACCUCCAGAACAGGGUGCUUUUCAAGUCCGACUGGGUUAUGCGCACGGACAUCAAAGCCGGGGGCGACAUGGCCGAGUACAUGAACAAUGCCACCAAGUGGAACAAUGACUUCGCCGCCACCAUGGUCAAGCUCAGCAAGCUCCCGGCCGAGGGUAGUACCCAUUACGAGAUAAGGAAGAACUGCAGAGUCACCAACCAGAACCAAGGUUUUUAAUUUUGGAGCUCACUGCAAUAUGUGAAAUUUUGGAAAUUUCGCAAAUUAUUUCGGAUUUUGAUAUUUCAAAUUUCACUUAAUUUUAAUUGAUUUUAACAUAAUUUUAAUUUAUUUCAAAAUCAGUUUGAAUCUACAUUGAAAUUUCGGGGUUAAAAAUAUUUCGGACCUCACUGAAAUAUGCGAAAUUUCAUAAAUUCAUUGAAAUUUUGUUGAAAUUUUUAACCUAUUACUAGCUGGAAGCGCGCCUAAAUUGAUGGCAUCACCUAUAGGUGUCAUGGAUGUGAUGAUUUGUCUUUUGAUGGUUCUAUUCCAUGCCUCGUUUGUAUUACU